AUGCAUUAUCAUAAAUUCCAAUCGUUGUUGAAGGUGUACCCAAUGUCUGUUGAUAGGUUUUCGAGGUUGUCUUUUAGAGAGUUGAGACAUGGAAUGAUCAAGCUAGUUCGUGAAUACGUUAAGGUUGAAGGUGAAGAUAUAGAUGUGAUGAAUGUAAAAGAGAGACUAGCUGGUCAUUCUGCUGCAACUGGUCAAGGUAUCUACGGUAACGAUGUUGGGAGUGGUGUUGGUGCAGAUGCGUCGUUGGAGGAGAAAUACGCUUCCUUAAUCAAUAGUGCCUGGCAAAAUUGGUUAGGGCUUGGUUAUGGCAAAGAAAAAGAAGAAGGUGAGCCUGCUGUAGCCAGGAAUAAUUGUGUCAAGAAAUACGUUUCCUCAAAUGGUUCCAUCAAAGAUUUGUUUGUUGCCGGUAAGAAGUUGUAUGGUAAAGAAUUUCAAUUCAGAGAAGGUCAAUUUGAUGUUUCUGUGGAAAUUUAUUUAUGGGGAACUCAGAUCAUCCCUAUUCAAGCUCUUCCAGGUUUUCGGAAAACUGCUCUGUUUCAGAUUCCUUCGGUUGUAUUAUCUUAUGGUGAACAAAAGACUGUUUCAUUUGUGUUUGUUCCUUAUGUUUGUUUGUUAUCGAAUAUGAAACUAAGACUAUCUUCAUGUGGUAUCAACUGUGGUAUUCUCAAGGAUCUGUUUGUUAAUGGUCCAGCUGUUGAAGAGAAGAAUUUGUUUUGUGAUGUUUACGUUGGCACCUUUAACGAUUUAGGUUCUGAGAAUUUUCUCCGGUUGGUCAAUAACUGGUACAAUAUAUAUCAAGAUUGUAUUCUAGGUAUGAUUGUCAUUGAUGAGUUUCACAACUUAGAGACUGAACAAUUGUACCGUGGACAAUCUUUUAGAUUGAUUUCUGAGAUUAACUUUAAUCUUGCUUGGAAGGUGGUGGUGAUGACUGGUACUGCUGGUAAAAAGGGUAUGGUCAAACCUAUGAACUUUAUUGGUUAUGACAAGGAGAUGUGUACGUCAAUGGUGUCCAAUAAGAACAGAAUCUUGUACUUUGACCUGGUUAAUCAAACUCCUCUCAAGAAUAUUGUGAAGAAGUUCCAAGUUUUUGAAAGAUCUACUAUGACAGAGAGUGAGGUGGAAAUGUUGGUGGAUAGAUUUAUGGAGUAUGAUACUAAGUCCAAGGUGAUUAUUGUUUGCAAGGAAAAGGUUACUGUUGAGAAGUUGUAUUUCAGGCAAGAUUCUGAAUGGGUUCAUGGGGAUUUACCAUCUGAAGAGAAGAUUAAGAAAUCAAGAAGAUUUAUAGAAGAUGAGAAAUGCAGAAUAAUGAUUGGUACAAAGUUGGUCUCAGAGGGUAUUGAUAUCAAAGGAGUUAAGUUGGUGAUAAUGCUUGAUUACCUUCCAUCAAUUGGGGAGUAUAUCCAGACGGCAGGUAGGUUGCGUGAAGGUGGGGUAUGUCUUUCCUAUUGGACCAAGAGAAGCGUUCAAACUUGUUCGGUGAAACCAGAUGUUUGCAUUACUAAGCAGGUAUCCAAAUUUUAUGAUCUGGAUUACGACCGUCAUGAUUUAUGUUGUGGCCAUCAUCAUAAUAUUUCAGAAGAUGUUGCUAAUUUGUAUCAUUAUUUGAAUGGUGAUGGUGGUCCAGGAGUUGUGGGAGUUGGUGUAAGUAUUGGUGAAUCUGAUGAGGUUGGUAGUGGUAAUUCUUUUUCUUCUGCUAAUAAGUCUUCAAUAUUUGAAGAUUUGAGUCCAGAUAUGGAUCAGUCUGAUAAUUUUUAUUGCCUCUAA